UACCAAGGGUUCCAAUAUUAGUGGAGGGAACUGUAUGUAUGUAUACAUUCAUGUCGGGUGGCAAUGGGAUUUCUGGAUUGAAUGAAUCAGGUAGAAAAUGAUACUUUGUAACCUACAUUGUAAAGAUUGCUUUUGCUUCUGUCACUUUUAACAGAUGUCACGAAAUGAUGUAAUCAAAAGCUGUGGCCUGUGUUUCCUGUACUCUGAAGCACCAUUUUCCAUGUAGACCUAGACACACUAUCACACGCAAGGGUGAACAGUUUAAAACUUUGUGUUAAACAUGUUUUCAGGGACGCCCUUUUGCCUUCUUCUAGCUCUUCCAUUUUACUACUCUACAAACAUUGGUGCCUUGGACAUUACCGUGUCUAGUGGGGAUACUGCCUUUCUACCAUGUCCUUUACCGUUCAACUACACUGACUUUAUGAGGAUUGGAGUUAAGUGGGAAAAGGAUGGAGGGUCAAUUUUAUGUACAUAUUCUAUUCAAAAUAAAGCAAUUCAUGACCAUAACUGCAGACCUCGGUUCAAAGUAAAUACAGAACCUUUAGGGCUGAAUAUAACGAGUGUUGAAAGCAGUGAUGCUGGUCUUUAUAAAUGUUUGAUGAUCAGAUUAAUACCACCACCUCCAGAGGAGAGAUCAGUAACCCUGAGGCUUAAAGUUAAUGUUCUACCAUCUCUUACCCUGCAGCUGAUGAACAGCACUAAUGUCUCCUGUGUGGAGCUGCUCUGCUCUCUGCAGGGUUUGAGACCACAGCAGGUGAACUUCACAUGGACCAGAGCAACUCAGCUUCUUCACCAUCAUCCAGAGUCCAGAAGCAUGAACAGUACACUGACGCUCUGCAAGCCGAACUGGACGGACAGAGAAACACUCACGUGUCACGCCAGUUACUCACACAACCACACACUCUACAGCAAGAGCAUAACACUCCCAUGCAACUCAGUGGGCUGUAAGGUUGAGGAGGCAUCAUUACUGAUCGUUGCCGUUAUCAGCACAUGUGCAGGGCUGCUUUUCCUCGUUCUGCUUGGUGUAGCCAUCUUCAAAUGUAAGAAAAGACAUGCUGCAAAUGGUACUGCAUACUACAGAAGUAAAAUCUACGAGAACUUCUCUUUUUCCACGGCUAUGAACAACCCCAAUCCAAGUCCGCAAAAUGCUCAGCCUGGUGCCAGAUACAAUAUCAACAGUACUACCAGACCUAUUCCACAGACAAUCACGCAGACUCAGAGAGAGGAAUGCAUCUAUGAGAACUAACAAUAACUAAGCAACUGCUAUCAUAAAAAAACAGGCUCCAAUGUUGGUUUGUGUGCAAUUUAUUUUAUUUAUUAAUAGUCACUUUUUCUAAACACAUAAACUGUGGUCACACUAUCACAGUGUCUCUACUCUAAAUGUAGUAGGACCCGACUAACAGUUUAUCUCUGUAUAGUGGUUUUGGUUCUUCUAAAUAAAUGGCAAAUAUUGCGCAACCUGGUUCCUUGCACUUUUUGUAGCAACAGUUUUCAUGUGCAAUAGAUCUAUAUUUACAGCAGCUUUGGUAAAGCAAACAAACAAACAAACAAACAAAUAAAUCUCAGUGUUGCUUAAGUUAUUAUCAAAGGUAUGGUUGCAAAUCUCAAGUAAUAUUUUACAUUUAAAUGUACUGAUAUGGGGGGUGGCUUAGUGG